AUGGAUGGAGAUCACACUGGAGGGGAUGAGGGACAAAGUGACAGAGUUGAUACACCAACGGGAUCUGGGGCAAAGAAGAAACGAGUCCUCACACGUCGGGAACUCCUGCGCAAUGCUGCAAAGGCCCGAAUUGCGAGGAUGGUAGCUCCCAAACGUAAAAGAACAGAUUUGGAGGUCCCAGACUUUAUCAAGGAACAGUGGAGCAAAGGUACCCAGGCAAAGGAAGAGCUUGCAGCAGCCCUUCAAGAUGCUAACUGGGACAAGGCCAAGUUCGUUGAUAUCGUGGAAAAGACUAUCCUGAACAAGAACUCCGUCAAACUUACCAAAGAUGAGGGUUGGUACUCGGAGCAGGAGAUGAAGUCAGAGUUGGGCUGGGCCCCGCAAAGAAUCGCUGGUGCAAAGGCUUUCUGCCUGAAAAUGAAAGAGAAGCUGACCAGGACAAACAUGUAUGACAACGUUGUGGAGUACUGGGUCACGGUGAGGGAACGUGGCAGUGUUGAGCAACUGCACGAAGCCCAGGAACGAACAUCUUCCACAAACAAGGCAGACGCACCUGUUGCGAUCGCAGCGGACGCUUUCGACAAGGUCAACGCCUACAAGUCCAUCAAGCUGUUGAAUGAUCACAUUGCGAAGCUGGAGCAAGAGUAUGACUUACUCCAGGAGGAGGUUGCAAAGGGGGAGACAAGCUUCAACCUCAGCCAUUUGAUCAAGUGUCCAGACAUGAAGGACAAACCGUUCAUGGAGAAAAAGGAUGAGCCGGAGACUGGUGACCGCAGUGAGAAGCCACGAACCAACAAACGAAAAGAAGUAGGAUCCACUGAGGACAAAGCACCCCAGCCAAAGAAGAAAGCGAAGAACGAGAAGAAACACAAGAAGGACAAGAAAAACAAGAAGCAUUCCAUCGUAGUGGGAAAUUUGCUGAUGCUCCAACGUUCCGGACCUGGUCUUCGACGUUUUGUCGAGGAGGUGGCAGAGGGCGUGCUCAACUCAGUGGCUACCAGUCAGAUUGUGCCAUGUGCGGUUGCUAUUCGCACAGCGAAGUCAGUGAUUGCGGAGGUACCCCAAGCAGCUGAAUCAAGUAUUGGUGCUCUAGGCCGGUGUGAUGAGCGAAACCCUGAACGAGAUGUGCACAAGCUGACUCACAAAUUUAAAUUGAGCCUCCCAAUCCCGCUGACAAAUAUCCCAGUUGGUGACAAACAAAUACCAAUUUUGCGGAUGUCUGACUGGGCCCAAUUCAUCUUGAACAUGAACCUUUGGCAUACGCUAUGCGGAUUGGAAAAACGGAAUGAGAUGCGUGCAGCUCGGAUUUGGAAAUGUUUCUGGGAACGAUACAAAGUGAUCCACCCCAACCACCCGGUGUAUGAACAGGGCAUACCUUUGGAAAGAACAUGUGCUUUGCUACUUCAUGGCGACGAAGGUCGGUCGUUGAAAAAAAGUCCCAUACUAUGUGUUUCCACUCACAGUAUUUUGGGGUACGGUCUCUCCACUGCGCAGCCUGCUGAAAAAAACAAAGACUUGGCGAUGAAACUCAACUAUGAGCAGCCUACUUGGACUACGCGUUUCCUACUCAGCGUUAUGCCGCGUCACAUUUAUGAAGAUGAUGAUGGUGAAAACUUAGAUGCCUUUCAAGACUUGAUGGGGUCUCUUGCGCAGGAUAUGAGACGCUUGUCAGAUGAGGGGCUUUUGGGGCUAGACAACAAGCGGUAUUACUUUGUUGUGCUCAACAUCAUGGGAGAUUGGCCAUGGAUGUUGAAGGCAGGCUGCCUUGCACGGACCUUCCACAACGCAGCUAAAAGAGCAACCUCCCGGGCCCGUCCAAAAGGCAUAUGCCACCAAUGCUUGGCAGAUACUGAUGGAUAUCCAUGGGAGGAUUGGGCCAACAAUCACCCCAGGUGGAUGGACACCAUCAACUGUGACAGUCCAUUUUUGAGACGCCCAGCGCUGUUGGAUUUAUUGCAUGAUGAAUCUCAAGGUCCGAUGUUUUUUUCCUGGGAUCUCUUUCAUGCUUGGCAUCUAGGAGCAGGCAAAAGUUUCCUAGCAUCUGCAGUGGCAAUUUUGGCAAAUUCUGUUUUGUUUGACGGAAACAGGGAUGAGAGGCUUCAAGCUGUUUCUUCUGCAUACAGUUCUUGGUGCAAGGCCAACCGCCAAAAUCCUACUUUGAAAAGUUUCACGAUGACAAACCUGUCAUGGAUUGGCAACACUUUCCCUGCAGGGACUUGGUCAAAGGGAGCAACAACAACGUGCAUCCUCAAAUGGUUUGUUUCGGAGUGCCAAGGGCGUUACAACGAAGUCAUCCAAGAUGAACUUCUGAUGACUGUUUACAAAAGCGCUCGCAGCAUGAAUGAGUUUCUUCAUGGUGUUUACAGCUAUGAACUAUGGAUUCCUUCCGCUGUGGCAUCCGAACUGGCUGGGAAAGGUAUGUAUUUUUUGAAGAAAUUUGGAAAGGCAGUCAAGCUUGCUGUGCGGGCAUCCAAGCUGUUUUUUAUUCAGUUGCCCAACUACCAUCGUCUUCAACAUAUUUUCCUGGAACUUCACAACCAGGCCCAAAAAGGGCCUCAUGCCUUGAACCCCUUAGCAUGGGCAACCCAAUCCGAUGAGGAUUACAUAGGGCGACCCUCCCGGAUUUCCCGGAGGGUCGACCCUCGAACUACGGUAGAGAGGACGCUUCAACGAUCUUUAGAAGCAGCGUACGCAAAGUAUGUAAGCGCAGGCCGGAUAGUGCCAGAGAAAGCUGGUUAG